UUCUGUUUUUCUGAAGAGAAAGAAAGAAAGAAAUUCUUUCGUAGUCAGUCAUGGAGCCUACGACUGGGAAAUCAAGCCCCUUGAAAAACAUACUUGUUAGAAUGCUUUUGUUUGCCGUUGCUGUUCUCCUUCUUCGAUUUGCUUACGUUGUCACGGUUACGGGUGGUUCUUGCAAUUCCGGCGAUUUCUGUUUCUUUUCCGUUCCUGAAAAUCUCAACAUCGCCGGUGGGUUACUUCGAAUCGACGCCUCCGCGGUUGUUGUCGACACCGUCGGGUCUUCUUCCAGUUCUACUCUUCGCGAUCUCUGGACCAGCAAAGAGUGGCGUAAGGGCGUCGAUUUUUAUUCCUCUGUGUUUCAAGAUCUGAUAACUGAAGGUUACCUCUUACCCAAUUCUAAAUCGUUAUGCAUCGAAACCCCAACCGGACAAGACGUAUUCUCUCUGAAGGAGAUCGGUGUUCACGAUGCCGUCGGAAUUUCCAAGAAGAAGUCUCCUCCACUGGUGGUUUCCGGUCAGGCCGUGCGUCAGCCAUUCAACGAUAAUACUUUCGAUUUCGAAUUUGCAGGGGUGGGUGCCCUUGAGGAAUCCGUCCGGCCUCUUGAGUUCGCUUCUGAGGUUGCCAGGACACUUAAGCCCGAAGGGUUUUUGGUCGUCCACACAGCUUCGGCUAACGAUGUGUACAGUUUCAAUUCUUUUCUUGCUUUAUUCAAUUGUUGUAGAUUGGUUCGUUCGCGUGAUAUCGGCGGCAUGGAUUCUUCGUUGCCGUCCAUUCGGGAGAUUGUUCUGAAGAAAGAGACUGAGAUUCUUCGUCAUGGGGAGAAGAUGCUCGAUGGUAGUUCUGUUAAUAAGUGCUCUGUUCCUGGGUAUAAGCAAGAACUGGUCAGGAAAGCAGAACCUCUGAUAACAAAAGAGCCGUUGAAGCCAUGGAUUACAUUGAAGAGGAAUAUAAAGAACAUAAAGUAUGUUCCAUCCAUGGCAGAUAUAAGCUUCAAGCCGAGGUAUGUAUAUAUUGAUGUUGGUGCUCGAAGCUAUGGAUCGAGCAUCGGAAGCUGGUUCAAGAAGCAAUAUCCGAAACAAAACAAAACGUUUGAAAUCUAUGCCAUUGAAGCUGAUAAAACUUUCCAUGAAGAGUACCAGAAAAAGAAAGGUAUCAAUCUCUUGCCUUACGCGGCUUGGGUGAGAAACGAAACAUUAUUUUUUGAAAUUAAUCGAGAUCCUGGGGAGAAAGCUGAAGCCAAAGCCAAAGGCAGAGGAAUGGGUCGGAUUCAACCUGUUCAAUCAUCGAUCAAUUUCGUCGGCGAUGUGGACAAGAUUCGGGGAUUCGAUUUUGCCAGUUGGUUGAAGAACACAGUCACGAAGAACGAUUUUGUGGUGAUGAAGAUGGAUGUCGAAGGAACAGAGUUUGAUUUGAUUCCAAGGUUGUUUGAGACCGGAGCCAUUUGUUUGAUUGAUGAGAUCUUCCUUGAAUGUCACUACAAUAGAUGGCAGAAAUGCUGCCCGGGUGAGAGAUCGCCCAAAUAUCAAAAGUCUUAUGAUCAAUGCUUGGAGCUGUUUUCAUCUCUCAGAGAGAGGGGAGUUCUUGUUCAUCAAUGGUGGUGACCCGGUAAACUCUUACAUUUUCUGUAACAUCCCUUU